GCUACGGAUGACAAACGCUGUAUGUUGUCAAUGUCAUAAAAGAAUCCCAAACAGAAGGGAUGUUUUGUUAAAUGGCUAAGACAGCAUCAAAAUUUUUGUUAUAAUCAGUUAGUAAUUAAUAUAUGAAAUUAUGCCCUUGAAAAUCCAAUGGAUCCAAAUGGCAAUGUAAGGAGGACCUUGCCUCUGCUAAGAGAAAUAUUCCGGAGACAACGGCAAGAUUCUGAUGGUACAGGAACAGAGUGUCCAGAUCUAGAAUUUAUAUACAAUGAUACAGAUACACAUGGCAAUGAAAUUGCAGAGCUCUAUAGUUAUACAGAACAACCAGAACUACAGCUUAAUGUUAAGGCGUUUGAAGAACAAAUGGAUGCAUAUAGUUUACCCCCUAGUUGGCAAUGUUUAUCAGUAGAAAAACGUAAAUCAGUAAUUUUGAAACUAUUAGACCAGUUAGAAAGAUGUGAAAGAUCUUUAAGAAUGAGAAGUGCAAGAUGUAUUUUAUAUAUAGCUCAAGGGUGUUGGGCAGAAAUGCAAUCAGACACAGAACAACAACAGUGGGCUAGAAUUAAUUCAAUGUUACUUUAUCAGCUUGGCACAUUUAGUGCAUUUGUGGAUUUACUAAACAUUGAGAUAGAAGAUAGAACAGCUGCCUAUGUGGCAACAACAAAAAUUGCUGUUUCUUUAGCAGAUUCUGAUGAUCUGCGUGUUAUACUGUCUGUGCUGUAUACCAUUAUGGAAGUUAUUAGGAAUGAAAGAGCUACAGAAUGUAAUGAAUUUAAAGAAGAUGUGGAAGCAUUUUGUGAAGAAAUUGGAAGUGCCACAGGAGAUGAUCUAUUGGUAAUAAAACUUUUGGGAAUGGUUACAAGAUUUUGUAGCGGGGCAGCACCACAUUUUCCAAUGAAGAAAGUUCUCCUACUCUUGUGGAAGUCAAUUUUGGUAUCUCUUGGUGGGAUGAAUGUUUUGAGAGAUAUGAAAGCUGAAAAAAGAAAAAAAGCUGGUUUACCUCGUCAAGAUGAAGACACUUUGGAAAUUGCAAAAACCAUCAGGUCAUCUUCUCCCCCAGCUAGUGCCUCAGAUUUGUUGGAAGCACAAAACCAAAAGAGAAAUGCCAGACCAUUUAGAAGGAGUUUAAUGAAACAAAGUAGUUUGGAUGAUCAAGAAUCUCUUGGAAUGGAGAUGGAAGGUAGUAUUGGGAAUGACAAUGGGGAUGAUAUCUCUGACAUGGGUGAAUAUGAUGAAAGGCGUCCGACUGACAGUAAUGAAACUGGACAAAUGUUUGGCAACCAUCACAUCAACAUGUAUAAUCGCCCUGUUUCUCCUCCUAUACCUCAUGACUUAAUACCUAGAGGCUUACCUUGGAAGCCCAAAGUUCGACAGAAGGACAUAGAUACUUUCUUAGAUACAGCUAGGCAAAAGUUUUUGGGUUAUUGUCUACCUGGCGAUGCUACUACUCUAUUUGGUUUACCAGAGCCUAUUCAUGAGGGCGUCAGAACUUUACAGCAGCAUGUGUACAUUUCUCUGGCUGAACUCCAGAUACAAAAAGAAGAAGAACUCGCGAGGAAUCCCCUGUCCACACAGGAGGAUCCCAUAGAAUUAACACCUGCUGAAAUUCUCUACCAGGCGAUGUUGCCCAAUUUACCUCAAUAUAUGAUUGCCCUGUUAAAAAUUUUGUUGGCGGCAGCUCCAACUUCAAAAGCUAAAACCGAUUCCAUCAAUAUUAUGGCGGAUGUUCUACCGGAGGAAAUGCCAAUGACCGUUCUUCAAUCCAUGAAGCUUGGAAUUGACGUGAACCGGCACAAAGAGAUAAUAGUGAAGGCAGUGUCGGCGAUUUUGCUGUUGCUAUUAAAGCAUUUUAAACUGAAUCACAUCUAUCAAUUCGAAUUCAUGUCUCAGCAUUUGGUAUUCGCGAAUUGCAUUCCACUAGUUUUGAAGUUCUUCAAUCAGAAUAUCCUCGCGUAUGUCGGCGCGAAAAACGUUAUUCCCAUUCUUGAUUUUCCCUCAUGCGUAAUUGGUGAUCAGCCGGAACUGACAGCAGACAGCUUAGAAAUUGGAGACGCUGCUCCUUUUUCAUGGAGAAACAUGUUUUCCUGUAUCAAUUUGCUAAGAAUUCUCAAUAAACUCACGAAGUGGAAGCACUCACGUAUAAUGAUGUUGGUCGUGUUCAAAUCGGCGCCGAUCCUGAAACGCACUUUAAAAGUAAGACAUGCCAUGACGCAAUUGUACGUUUUGAAACUGUUGAAAAUGCAGACCAAAUAUUUAGGAAGGCAGUGGAGAAAAUCAAACAUGAAGACCAUCAGUGCAAUCUAUCAAAAAGUGAGACAUCGUUUGAACGAUGAUUGGGCUUAUGGAAACGAUUUGGAUGCGAGGCCUUGGGAUUUCCAAGCGGAAGAAUGCGCGCUUAGAGGCUCAGUGGACAGAUUCAAUAACAGAAGAUACACGUUUGUCAAUGAUAACGAAUUUGAGCCGGUCGACAAUUCAAUCAGCAGUAUUUUGGGAACAGAUUACGAGCUGUCUGAAAACUUUAAGGAACAUUAUCAACUCUGGCUUGAACAAGAGGUAUUUGGUACUCCAGUGGAGUGGGAAAAGUUGUUACUCAAUAAUCAGUAGCAAAAAAUUAUUUAUUGUAACUUUGAGUUAUUAUAUAUACAUUAAAAUUAAUAUUUUAUUAUUAUAUUAUUGCGGCGGUUUAAUGUACUAUACAACAUUAUAUGUAAACGUCUUAUAGACUGUACUUUUUCUCCAAUUGUGAACUCAUAUUUUGAUCAAAUACAACAAUAUUGAAUUAAGUUUGCUUUU